AUGUCAAAGAACACAGACAUGUCAAAGGAGGAGUCGCAGGCGGCGCAUUUGGCCCUGAUCGAGCAGCUCGAUGUGCACUCGAUCCACAAGACCUUUCGCAACGCACAUUGGCGGCCCAACCAGCGACGCAACAAGAACAUCAAGACGAUCCUCGGCGACGCCUCGCGCAAAGAGGCCUCAGUGAUUGCCACGCCUCAGGACGACAGCGGCGCGGUCACCCCUGCCAACGACCCCAAUGAUUCCGGCCUGUCCACCAGCGGCACCAGCACGCCGGCCGUCUCUUCGGCCAGGGGCAACGAGAGCCUCCAGCCAAACCUCGCCCAGGCCUCGCGUAGCCUCUCGAAGCUGGUGCUGGAAAAGAGCUUGCGGCCGGCGAACGGUGGCGGCUUGUCAUCAGCGCCGAGUGCGACGUACACAAACAUUGAAAGCGCUCCAUCGUUGGCGCCAAUGAAGCGCUACUGCGACAUCACUGGCCUGCCGGCACCAUACACAGACCCGAAGACCAGAUUACGCUAUCACAACAAGGAGGUCUUUGGCAUGAUCCGAACCUUCCCUCAGGGCGUUGCGGAGCAGUUCUUAGAGGCUAGAGGAGCACACACGGUGCUGAAGUAA